GUCUCUCCGACGACUGGUUCGUUUGCCGAUGCGCGAAGAGAGGACGAAGGAGUAAAAAGAGAAAGAGAGAGAGGGAGCGAAGGAGGGAGACGGAGAAGAGCGUUUGAGAGACUGAGAGAGAGAGCGAGAGGUGCGGUGUUGCGUGACUGCUGCGAGAGAGUUCGAGAGAGCGUGUGUGUUUGUUGUGUUGUACGGAUAAUUAUUUUUUAAACAAAAAUAUAUAAACAAAUUUGAUCCUCUCGUUGACGAAAACGAGAGGAAGAAACCAAAAAAAGAAAUAAAUACAAAAACAACGAAAGAAAUAUAUAUACGAGUGAGUGAGAACGAAAGAAAGAAAAGAGAGCGCGCGCGAGAGACCGAGAGAAAGAGAGAGUGCUUCGUUGAUAUAAGUUUUUUCCUCCUUUUUUCCCGAAUUCCUCUUUUUCGUUUCUCUUCAUUACUCGCCCUACGCGGUUAUAUUCGCCGACGAUAUAACCCUCUCCCGAGGAAGUUUCGGUGUUGUACGAUAUGUCAUCGUACGUUCAGGUUGCCGAAGAUGAGGGCGAGGAGCCCAUCGAGUUGCCAACAGAGGACGACAUUAGUAGUACAUUAUUGUUGACUACUUUAGCGGCACAGUAUCCUGGUACUUGCGGUCUUAAGUAUCGCAAUCCAGAAUCGAAAGCUAUGCGCGGCGUCCGUCUCGUAAACGGUCGUCUUUAUCCGCCCGAAAACGGAUGGGGCGAAACCGUCUAUUUCUGCGUUUUUCCAAAAGAAAACAAACGCAAAUCCGAUGACAAUUUGGAAAAUUCCACAGCAAAGACUAAGAGAAUGGAAACAAAGUUACGCUGCACCGAUCUCAUCGUACUCGGCCUCCCAUGGAAAACAUCAGAGCAAAAUUUGCGCGAUUAUUUCGAGACUUUCGGCGAAGUUUUGAUGGCACAAGUGAAGAAAGAUGCAAAGUCCGGUCAGAGCAAAGGUUUUGGUUUCAUAAGAUUUGGUAGUUACGAGUCGCAGUUGAGAUGCUUAGCUCAGAGGCACAUGAUAGACGGACGAUGGUGCGACGUCAAAGUUCCCAACAGCAAGGAGGGAAUGGUUCAGCAAGUACCGUGCAAGGUGUUCGUGGGACGGUGCACGGAAGACUUGACGGCGGAUGAUUUGCGGGACUACUUCACAAAGUUCGGUGAAGUAACGGACGUGUUCAUCCCGAAGCCGUUCCGUGCGUUCUCGUUCGUGACGUUCCUAGAUCCGGAGGUGGCCCAAUCGUUGUGCGGAGAGGAUCACAUAAUAAAAGGAGUCUCGGUGCACGUAUCAAACGCGGCACCAAAGUCGGAGGGGAACAAUCGUAAUUUCAAUAAUCAGAUGAACACGAACAUGCGCGGACGCGGUGGUGGCGGUGGUGGUAUGACCGGCCCGAUCGACAAUAACAUGCAGGGAAACUAUCAGGGAAACUAUCAGGGAAACAGGUACAUGGGUCAUUCGGGAAAUAACAUGGGUCCUAACGGUUGGAACAAUCCUGGCAAUCGUGGAAAUCUCGAUAUGCCAAAUCUACAGGCACUCGGGAUAACCGGACAGAACAACGGAGGCGGCGGGGGUGGCGGUAUGUCAAAUCCAUUGGCAAUGGGAGGAUUGAAUCUAUCGGCAUUACCGGUCAACCCGGCUCUCGUUGCUGCCGCCCUUAAUCAAGCGUCCUGGGGUCUUAUGAGCAAUCUACAGAAUCAGGGCAACGAUCAGGGAUACUCGAAUCAGCCUGGACCACCCGGACAGCCACCUGCGGGUAACAACAGUCUCGGUAAUAGCGGUAAUUCCGGUUUUUUAAGCUGGAUGAAUCAAGCCGGCGCUGGCGACGCCAACACCGGCAAUCCCGGUACCGGUGGACCCAAUCCCAACAAUCCUAAUCCCUCACAGGCCGCAUGGCAAAAUCAUCCCGGACAACGGGAACAAAAGUCCAAUACAUUUCUUAAGUACGAGUAAAUUUAAACGGGACUCUGAGUCUACUCGUAAAAGACGGGCGCGUUCCCUGAGUCCCGAGGCACUCGCUGCUUCCAAGAAUUGCAAACCGCCGAAUCGUGAUCAAUACUAUUACAGAUCCCAUCAUCAAUAUUAUUACAACAAAAAUUCACGUCACACUACCAGAAAUACCGAUUCCCUCGUUGUUAUCAACACUACCACCAAACAUUGAUUCUCAUUGACAAUUUUUCUUCUUCUAUUCAUACUUUUAUUGCCUACUUUCGUACUUUCAAUAUUAUAUUCAACGAUAUUUAUUUCGUUUUAUUUUUUUUUUUUCUGUUUUUUUUUUCACCUUUUUUUCGCUGCAGAUCCGGCUUAGGAAAAAGACGAAGAAAAACUCUGAGUUCACGGUUUUUUGGGACCUUGCGAACCGACGGCUUGAAUCCGCAAAAAAACACCGACCAUUCUCGAAAUUGUUAUGUCCAAAAGUACGAAAAGAAACGCUCAAGUUUGCGAAGAAUUGUUUUUCUUUUUUCUUUGUUUUUUUUUUUGCAGAUUCAAGCUCACCGAAUCUUCAUGCUUUUUCCAGAGUUUUUUUUUUUUUUUUUACAAAUUUACUGAUUCAAUUGAUCGUUUCCUCAACCGGGUUUCUCCGAAAUAAAAGAAAUUUCGUUACAUCUCGAUCAGGCAAGCUCUGAUCAACUUUUCUUUCUCACAAUUAACACGGCCCUCGUUUUUCGAGGGACUCGAUAUCACAGUAAAGAAAUGACGCUAUUCUUAUUCCCGUAAAAAUAAAUAAAUAAAGUAGAAGCGAAUAAUUCUCAACGUAGGAAGAAGAAAAAAUGUCCUUACUUUAUGCAAUUCUUCGAACAGGAGUGUUUUCUUCUCGUUUUUUCACAUCCAAUACUAUUCUUCUUCUUUUCCAUUAUAUCUCUGCUUUAUGGAUAGAAAAGCAGGAAAAGCCUUAAUUUAUUAUUAUGAUUUUUUCUGCGUUAGGCAAAUUAACGCAACGAUAGAAGGAGGCAAACUGAAUUUCUACUUUUUCCAACAAUUACAAAAUGUGCAUAAUUGAGUAACGGAAAAGCAGAUAAUAAUAGAAAGAAAGAAAGCGUUUAUUAAUAAACUGAGAAACGGUAGAGAAACAGUUCACUGACAGAAAAAAAAAAUGAUGAUAAACGAAGGAGAAUGAUAAAUUUAAGGCAUUAAAAAGUCAAUGAAUGUGAAUGUGCAUUAAGACGUACGGAAAAAAUGAGAAUAACAAGAAAUUAAAGAAAAGAUAGAAAGAAAAAAUAUGUAAGAUUCUUAUGUGAAAUGAGGAUAAGCGAGAGAAAAAGUCGUAGAGUUUUAAAAAAAAAAGACGGAUAAAAACGAAGCGGCGUAUAUGUGCUUGGAUUUAACCGAAAGUUAAUUGCAGUGUGUUUAAUACUUAGAAGGAAAAACAAGCAAGCAGAUUUAAAUAAUAACAAAAAGUAAACGAGUGAGGUAUGAUGGUUUGUCUCGGUGUAAUGUGGUUGAAUACAUUUUUAGGAACGAUAUAAACGAUGUGAGAAAGAGAGCGAAAGAGAAAGGGAGAAAGCGAGAGAGAAAGAGAAUAAGAGCGCGAGAACGAAAGAUUGAGAGAGAACGAGAGAGGAAGAGAGAGAAAGAGAGAGAGAGAGAGAGAAAGUUAGUUAAUAAUAUAAUUACGAAGGGCUAUAUAGAUGGUCUACAUGAUUGUCACCCAAGUUUGUGAGUGUAUUUGUAUUGACAAUGAAAACAAAAUUUCAUUAACACAAGAAAUAAUCCAAUUAAUAAAAAAGAAAAUAAUUGACAAAAAAACAGAAAAAGAAGUAAAUUAAAUGAUUAAAAAAAAAAAAAAAAAAAAACAUCCAAACACACAGACACACGGAAUAAGCCAUGCUAUUGAAAACUAAUUCUUAAGUGUAGAUUAUCAAAAAAAAAUAACAAGCAAACAAAUGAGUUAUGAGAAUAAACGUUGAAAUAAAUGAAAGAAAUCUUUUAGCAAUAGACAUUUUUUGAUUGACGAGAACUUAAUCGUUGUAUACAUGCUUGAUGAGAUUAGGCACUCGAGUCGUUUGUCCACCGUUCAAAUUGGUCACGUCGAAAAUAAUCUGACGUUAUUAAAACAAAAAUCAAAACCCUUUAACGUGCGACACACGUAUUCGUAUUUGUUACAAAAUAAAAAUAGAGAAACAAAUGAUUUAUUUCAACUGAUAGAAUCAUUCGAUGAACUAAGAUUCGAGCAACUCUUCGUUUAUUAUCAAAAUGCCAUUUUUGUAUCGAAAUGUGCAUAAAAACUUUAGAUUCGUCGUGUUUUUUCUUUCGAGCUUCGUUCUGAGUAACUCAAGCCCCAGAGAUGUGCCACGAUUUUUUUCGAUGAUAGAAUCGAGAUUUGCUCGACGUAGACGUAUCAAUAAAUGUAUACGAAUUGCGGAUUUUUCGAAUGAAAUCGAUGACAAGUGAUGAAAAAUCGGGCGAUAAAUGAAGAACGAAAGAAAGAACACGCAAGUAUUGCCGCAACGAGCAAUUCACGUGACCCAAAGAUAGUUCCUCUUUCAUAUCGAUGAAUAAAAUGUUGAGAAAUUGAUCGUCUCCCCGUGCUCUCACUCGUUGAACGCGGUGUGUACGGAUUAUCGCUCGUUGAAUUUGCUCCUCAUCGCAGCAUUUCACCGCUUGAAAUAUCCCUCUUCACAACGUCCAAACGAGCGGGGAAAGAUUUUUGAUAACGUGAAUGAUAUUUUUGUGGUUUUCAAACGAGUCGAAAUAAGCGCCCCCCAUACCUUUUUACAGUAUUUUCAUGUGCGAGCGUAAAGAAAUGCAUCGAUUGAAAGAUUCUCCAGCUACCCAACACGAUCCUUGCUCUUACUCUCCCGGCGAGCUUUCUGCAAACCGUCUAACGAUUUAAUUCUCAAUGAAAAUUAUUGUUGACCAGGAACUUGAUAGCUCGAUCAAGUUCUCGAAACGUCUUAGACCAAAUUAGAAUCGAACGACUACGAGAUUUCACGAUUUUAACCACUUCUUUGCCCGUCGAUUUCCGAAUUUGGAAAAAAAGAACAAUAGUUGAUCAAACUUACGAAAAAAUAAAAAUUUAAUAAUUCGAUAAAAAUCAUUCGCGAAUUCGUCGUUUCAAAUACGAUGUCUGGACAUUAGCUUGAGAGAUGCUAUUCAUACAUUUUUCUACAAAGUUCUCUUUCGAAUUUUAAGUAGAAUAACGAGUAAACGAGUAUUAGUUUCGAUUUGGACUCUUUUAUAGAAACUCUCAAAUCAAACAAACUUUUCCUUCUCCCCCCGGAUCCGUUUCCUUGUGUGUGAAGAGAUUUUACACUGGUGAGCGAAGGUGUGUAAAAAUUAUUGAUCGGUUGUGUGUGAAAGAAUUAAUAUUUGAAUAUGAUUGGACAGUUUGAAUCGGUCUGUUGUUGUUGUUUUUUUUUGUUUUUUUUUUUUUUUUUUUAAAUUGAAUGGUUUGCACGUGAGUCGAGUAAAGAACGUUAUGAAAAAAAAAAAAAAAAAAAAAAAACAAAAAGACGAAACAAACGAGUGCAAGAUUUUUGUUUAUUUUUGAAAGAUUCUUAUUAAAGAGACGAUUAAAUUAGAAUCGAACGAAAGACCCGGCACGUUCGGAGACUCCAAUUCACAGUCCGUUAACUUUUAUUUUUCGUUCGAACAAUUAGUUCAUUAUUAAUUCAUUCUCGAUUCGUUAUCGAACGAUGAGAACUCACGAAUCACAAUUGCAGUCAAUAACUUUAACAUGCAAGAACCGUUGAAUCGCGGCUCAAAGAACGAGACUCAAGAAAUAAUAGUAAUAAGAGUAAAUAAUGAGAUUAUUUAUUGAGAGAAUUCAAACAAAUCGAUUGGUCAAUGACAUUACGAAGUUGAGACAAAAGUGGUGUUACGUAAGAUCUUCGCAUCCUCCGGUUAUUUAUAUUUCACAGAAAAUCUUUCAAAUCACUUAUUAUCUUAUGAGCAAAGAAUGAAGAAAAUAUUGAGAAAUAAAAAAACUCUUAUACGUGAUACGUGUGCUGUUGUGUAUCUCAUUUGAUUUUUUUGGGGAUGGAUUUUUUGAGUUUUUCACACACAUACACGCGCACUCUUCGAGUGUUUUUCAUUGGCGUUAUUAUUUCAAAUGUUUUCUUUAAAUUUUUAAUCGAAUGUGACCGUUUCGGUUGAUCAUUCUCGUCCGUGUUUUAUUCCUUUCCUCGUGCGAGGCGGCCGGACCCGCUACGUUUGCGUCGAUCGAGCGUUUGAAAAUUGUAGUUUCUCGAAAAAUCGGGUCGAGUCGAAGCUCCAAGGGGAAUUUCAUUUUUCCCGGAAAUCUGUAAUUCGAUCGACGAGCAAUGUUGCGGGAAUGGGAAUCCUUGCGGUUUCCUCGGCCGUAAAAUCGUCUCUGAAGUAACCGAGAAUAAAUGAUAUUUCACGAUUGCUUUUGAUGCGUCGAAAAAUAUCGUGACAUCAGCGACGAAGGAAAAUUCGGAGAGCAUGCCAAAAAAUUAGCGACACUACUUUUGUCCCGACGAAAUUCAGAGUCGAUUUUUUGGGCGAUUGGGAAACCUUGAAAAAACAGAAAAAAAAAAACGAAUUCGGAUUGAAGUGGAAGGAAGGUGAAUGUUUAUACGAAAAAAAGGGUUGUGCUUCUAUCUGAUGGUGUCUGAUCGUGUCUGAAGGUUCACAAGUGGGGCAGAGACUGGAUUGAAUGAAGCUGAUGGAUCAAUGUGAGUAUGUCGGUUGAAUGUAUAUUUGUUAAUGGUCGUCUAAGAACUACAGAAGUGAAAGUUUGUCUGAGCCAUGAGAACAAAAGAAAAAUAACCAAUGAAAACGAAGAAAAAGAGAGCAACAAUGAUUCGAACGAAAGCAAGAAAUACGUGAUCUAAUUAUAUAAAUGCGUUAUCCGUUGAGAUUGUUUUUCUUUUUAAAAAGAUAAACGAAUGAUUAGAAAGUUGUAUUUAAAUAGGGCUUGAAAGUUUUUUCUUCGUCGCGAUACUGUGAAUAGGAUCAAUAUGUGUAAAAAGGGAAGAUACAUUUUUGUAUUAUUACAUCAAAAGCACGUACUCGCACACUCACACACACACACACACACAGACACACACAUACGCGUGCAUACACACUAAAAAGCUAUGAAGAAAACGCAAUUUCGUAUUGACGAAAUUGUCUGCAUAUAUUUUUGUUUAUUUAUUCAACCUCUUUAUUUUAUUUGACUCCUUUUUAAUUGCUCUUUAAAAAUGUUCUCUAUAUAUAAUUUAUUAUAAAUGUCGACUGAGAAGAUGGUUGAGUGUGUUUAUACGAAGCAAUGGAGCGUGAUUAUUCGAAGAAAGAAACUCGUGCAAAAUCGAGCCGAGAAGUCGUUCAAGAUUCAUUAUCGUAUUAUAGGGAGAAAGAAAUAUAAAAGUAGAGAGAUGAAACUGAGAAAUAUAAAACCUGUUGGAACAUACUCGGAGUGACAGCUAAUCGACAAAGACUGUAGUUUAAGACAACUUUUAACAAACAUCAGAAGCGUUCUGGGCGGUUGAGAAAUAUAAAAGGAUAAAAUAGAUAGUGCGAGUAAAAAUGAGACGAAAGGUAGAUAAAUAGCUCGAGAUCCUUCGCAAAGGGCCGUUUUCACCGUGAAUUUUUACUGACCAAAGCCACUUGGUCUCAAAACGUGCUGCAAUAAAUAGCAACAAAUUGUUCGUCGAUCACUUUUUAUUUCUCGCUCUUUCGAAGAAUGUUCAAUCAAACAGUUUUUUCUUGAUAAUCGUUUAUUGAUUUUUCACCGUGUAUUAUAUAAAUCUCUCGAGUCAAUUAGGAUUAGAGAUAUAUCGAAGACGAAGCGGUUAAUAUUAAUGAAUACGUGAAAUAAUAAUUUUAAGUGUAAUUAAUCGUUGCUCAAGAGUUGCCUUGCUGAGCGAUUUGGAAGCGAUCGUAUGAGAGAGAGAGAGAGACAGAGGAACAAAAACAUUUGUACAUAGUUCAUGAACUUUGUCGUUGGUUACGAACUUUGAGAGUUUGAUAAUAAUUGAGGAACAAAAAAGAAGUAACACACGAAAGAAUGAGAAACACAAACGAAUGAAAAAUGAUGAAAACAAAGAGUCGUAAUGGUGGAACGUGUCUGAGGAAGUUUUAUGCGUUUUUGUAAUAAUGCGUACGUUUAAUAGGCGUAAAGAAAAAAACGAAAUAACGAGAUAACUAAAUCCGAGUAAGAAAUCGCGAGGGAAUUAAAAAAUCUUGCCAUAACUGUAGCGUCGAAUGUAAAACUCUGUGUCAAAACGUUCGUACACGUUGCGUGUGUUUAUUUCGUUGAAUUCGUGAGCUCAGCCAACCACUCGCGCCGCCCGAUUUUAUUCGAUUUCACAAACAAACGAUGCUUCUAAGUUAUUACCCAUGAAAAUUGUAAAUAAACGGAAUAUUAUUUGACUUGCGAUUUUUAAUAACGUCACUGCGAUCGUUUAUCGAAACAACAACAAAACGUGAAGAUAACGUUUGAAAGAAGGAUUGAAAAAUAGACGAAAUGACGUCCCUCAUUUUUGUACUGCUUGCGUCUACGUGCUCACGUUCUUUCGAAUAAAUAUCGCGAUCGUAGGUGUCUUAAUGCCUAAAUGAGUGUUUUUAAUAUGAUCGAUAGGAUGCGAACGUGAUUUUUUUAAUUUUACAUGCACCGAAGCAUAACAAUGUCGUUGAGAAAAAAGAUAUAUGGUACAAAUAGAUAUUCAGUUCAAUGAGGAAAGUAUAGAGAAAGUAUAAAAAAAAGAGAGUGCGAGAAACAAGAACGCGAGAGUCACUUUGAAAAUGAUUUAUUUAUUAUGUGCAUGUGAUGUGUGUGGAAGAUCAAAAUUUUAUUUUUCAUCGCAAUUAAGAGUUUUUAUACAUUCAGGGUGUUCCGCCACCAGCAGUUAUUGAUGUAAAUUUUGAGCCUGCCACGAAAAUCAGAAACCGAAGAGUCCAAAAAUGCUGUUAGUUUUUUUCUCGUAUUUUAUCGCGUAUACCGUUGAAACCGUUGGAGUUGAGGCGAAAUUCCAAAGGACCAAUUCACGGAGCAUUCAAUUUCCCGGAAUAAAACUCGUGGCACCUCUCUGUGUCCAGUAGUUUCGUCGUUCAAUAGAAAAGUCGCGAGCGGGACGAACGUUUUUGAUAUUAGACAUGCGAAGCGCUUUCUAGACUACAUUUUUCAAAAUGGUAGAUAAAUGCCGCUGCGAGCUCUUGUGCGGGAAAUUUUCUGCUCUCUAAAAUUACUCGACUGAACUUUUGCUAUAUCUCCAACCGCUUCGGCGCUACACACGAUAGUAGGUUAAAAAAUUAAACAAAACACAUUUUUAGACUUGUCACCUUUGGAAUUCGACCCUUAAAUGUUGUGAAACACCCCCCCGCAUACAUGAACGAUAUAUACGUAAACUCAAAAAACUGUUGUUCUCUGUCGACGUCUCAAAGACACGAUGCGACGACACACACGAAUCGUUAUUUUUUACACAUUUUUCGUACAACUGUGACUUCGACGGAAAAAUAAAUGAGUUAUGUGUUAUUUGACGUAUAUUAGUUUUACUGUGUAUUGCACACGUGCAAAGUCUGUUACGUGAUAGAAUUUCGAGAAUAUAUAUUCACACGUUUUGAUCUUGAACACUCCAUCAUUACAAAUCAUUAUCAGUUCAUUUGAUAUCGGAGAAUAUGAGAACGGAAGAAUGAGAAAACACAGAGCAAUGCAUUAUUCGUUAUUUCUUUUUAUCAUUAUUAUAUAAAUAAACGUGGAAAUGUAAGUGAUA